AUGUACUUGGAACGCAAGCCGGUAGAGGUGGGCCGCCGGGCACGGCUGUCGUGGUGGCUGGCGUCGCCGGACGGGCGUGUGGCGCUGGUGUCGGUGGUGGCGGUGGUGUGGCUGGCGGCGCUGCUGCUGCCGUGGCACACCACCAAGGUGACUCGGUACGCACAGCCUGCGGCCAACGUGACUGCGGCAUCGGACUCGUCGUCGUGCUGGGUGCUCGGGCGCGGGACUUGCACCGGCGAGCUGUACUCGCUCAGCGCACAGCACGGCGACCUGCGCCUCAUCUACACCGUCACCUUUGCCUGCCUCCUUGCCGGCUUGGUCCUCCUCCUGCCCUACGCCGUCCUCACCUGGUACGACGCCUCGGUCUGGUCCGGCGUGCUGGGCGUCAUGGCCGGCGCUUUGCUGGCCGCUGCCGUCGCCUUCUUUGCCGUCGGCGUCGACGAGCACAACCGCGCCCACGCCUGGGGCAAGGCCACCGUCGUCUCGGCUCUGGGCAGCCAAGCUCGCACCGAGUCGAGCGGCAUGAACAUCGGCUGGUACCUGGCGGUCGUCCUCUGGUUCCUCCUCUUUGCCGUCUUUAGCUACGUGGCCAAGCACUCGAGCAAGCGCCGUGGCGGGUGGUGAUUCCCCCGACUGGUCCUCCUCACCCGAGCCGAUUGAGCGCCUCGAUGCCUGCGGCAAGCGUGUCAUCUGCCUUGCAGAAGCAGAAGCGAGCGUAGUUGGCUGCCAGCUCGGCGUGGUCCGGCGAGUAGAAGGCCGACGGCGGAAUGGCAGUCACGCCCGCGCUUUGGGUCAGCCACCGGCAGACUUGGUAGUCACGGGCGUUGGUCUCGCCUACCGGCACGCCCGCCACAGGCUCGAACGGGAAC